AUGCCAACUGUUACCCCGCUCCCAACAUAUCCUUCUGCAGGCGCCAGAAAAUCGUUAUCGGCCUCGCAGCUAGCAAUUUUCCAUCGCAACCUAUCAAGCGCCCUUGCUGAAAUCCUCGCCCUACCCCCCGCGAAACGAGACACCCCUUCCACCCGUGCUUUUCUAUCCAGCUACGCUAAUGACAUCGCCCAUCAAACCCUGCAAUCUUUGAUCUGGCAAGCUCCCGCGCACUCAGAUGACCAUGUACACAGACGCGCCCUGCUCCUUGCGGAGAAGCUAGCCAACGUACCGUCUUGCAUCGAUGUGAAGAUGCUCCUGGACAUUGCCAUUGCCUACUUUCCUUAUCCAACCCGCGUGCGCGCGCUUUUCGCUGCAGCUCUCGCUAGCACACCAAGCCUCGCUACUGUUUUCAGCUCAGAUAUGGUCCCUGUGAUGACCACCCUCCUCAGUCCAUCCGGCUCCGCUGGUCUGUACGGCCUCCGCAAAACAGCACGCUGCUUGGUCAGUCUGCUAUCUGGAUGCCCCUCUGAGCUCCUGCGUCCAUUUGCGAGGGACCAGGAUUUCAUGAUAGGACUGGCACAGGCAUACGACGAAGGCCUCGCUUCACUAGCACGUUCGUACGGCGGAAUGCGCACGGACGUCGGUACACGUGAGCUGGAUGACUGGGAGCGCAUAUGGCUCGAAACCAAGGUCGACCUCAUCGACAGCUUCCACAUCAUCAUCACCGUCCUGCUGCAAGACCUCUCAGUCGCAUCCGGCGCAGCUUUGGCAGCAGAGUCAGAACGGACGUUCAGCAUUAUAUUUGCACUAUUGGACCUCCCGCCAGCGCGAAUACAAGCGGGCGGUACUCCUGCGUCUACUCCUUUCCUCAGCCGAUCGCUGAUGGCGGACUACCAGCACUCGUAUAACUUGUCUAGCACUCUUACUUCUGCUCUACGCCGCCCUGCACGUGAAGACGCCCGAGUUGACCUCCUCGAAUCUACCCUUCGUUCCUUCGACAUCGAAUCGUCCACCGCUGGGACUAAAGAUCCCGGUGCACUCAAGCUGAUUCUCAAGUCAUCGGGCGUUCCGCCUGGCACUUCUGCUUCUGGGAACGGCAAAGCGGCGCGGUCUUCGAGCAUGGGCAAAGCUAUAGAAGUUCACUUUGCGUUUGAGCCAGAGAAAAAUCAUGAUCUCGACUUGCAGAUCUCGCAAGUCAUGGAUAUCUUCCCGGACAAGUCACCCGGAUAUAUCCGGGCGCUGCUCGCGCAACCUGCGUUCGGGAAUGCAGAGAAGGUCAUCGAAGCACUAUUGGAGGGCACUGCACCUGGGGAGGCAUCGCUUGCGCAAGAUGUCAGUGUGGGCAAUAGCGCUCGUGCUAUUUUCAAUGAGCCCAUUGAAAGAAGGAAUGUGUUUGAUGAUGAGAUCUUGGACGUCAGCAAGAUACAUGUGGGAAAGAGAAACCAAGACGAUGCAUCAGUGCUCAGGGACAGAGAAGCCAUCGAGCAGAUGAAAGCCGACAUUCUGCGACGUGCGGAAGCUAUGUCUGACGGGGAGGAAGAGGAAGACGGCGGUAAACCCGCCGAAGUUGAUGAUGAUCUUGACUUUGGAGGCGAGGUGAAGGUUGUCGGUGAUGGUGAGGCUAGCAGCGAGGGUGAAGACGACGGUGACGAAGAGCCACCAAAACUCAAUCCGGAGACCAUUUUGGAACUUGCAUAUAUCCGUGAUGCAGAGUUGUUCAAUAGAGAUGCUAAUACGCGGAGGUCGAAAGCACGCAUUGACCUUAAAGCACAGACGGGCAAGCAUUUUGUCCUUCUUGUUAGCUGCCUCGCUGAAAGUUGCACAGACUGGUCCGAUGAGCAAAUUGAAGGGUGGAAAAUCAUGCUGGAACGAAACCCAAACAAGGACAAGAUCCUGCAGAAACACGAGUUUUCUGGAAAUAGAGCAGGAUAUAUCACAAUGACCGGAGAUGCAGGUGGAUCUGGACCACCGUCUCGCGGUGGAGAUCGCGGAAGAGGCAGGGGUGGGCGCGGGGCAGGGAGAGGAAGGGGUCGCGGCAGAGGAGCUGGGGACGGCGGUGAUGCGAAAGAACGAGCAUGGAAAGAUAAGAACAAAGCUAGCAGAGGGAACCACAAUCGGAAAAGGGGACAUGACAAGAAGAUGGCCAACGCCGGUCCUUCUUGA